CGAAGACAGCAGUUGGAAGAAGAGGUGUGGAAUCGUUUACGAACGAAUAACGCCGAUGCUGGUCAACUCUCACCAGGCAUUCACAAUCAUUCGCCUGGUAACAGUCCGUGGAGUCGUGCGAUUAUCACUAACGGUACUGCUGGCAUAUCACCUCUGGACAGCACUCUCAACACUAACCCUUCACCGAUUCCAUUCAAUGCCACUGCGCUCAGUACAACCGCUGAAUUUUUGGAAGCUCCUGCACACCAAGUGACUAGCAGCGCAUCGCCGACGAAUAUUGACCAUGCACUUAUCCAUGCCGCUAAUCUUGUCAAUAACGGCAAUGAACACGACACUUCACAACCAGACGAUCUAUCAAUUGCUGUACCGCAAGUGAACACUCAAAACGCAAUGAAUUCGUCCACAACCAAUCAACGAAAUCAAGUGAACAACAAAAAUAGCAGUAAAAUAAUGAAAAGUAAAGCGAUAGCUCAACCUUUGAAUCCGUUACCGUUGCCAUCACAGUCACACAACAAGCCGGACUCGACUCGUAGGCUGUCUAACGCAGAAGCGCAGUCGACGUUAUCGUCAACGGCAACACCAUCAACUGUUGGUCAGACUCAGAAUACUCCACCUACGACUAGUCACAAAUGA